GCAUAUUUGGUUGAAAGUGACAUUCAACCAUCGGAACAAGAUGUACCGUUAGAAGAUUUUUUCUGGACAGGUUCAGGUGAUGGGCCUUUGUAUGUCAAACCAAACCCACCACAUGACCAUAAGCAUCCAAAUUCAUUUGUUCGUACUGCGACGAUCUUGGCAACGGUUUACAUUGAUGGAAAUUAUGAAUCUGAUGUCGACCCUCUUUGUGUGUUUGAUUGCGAUAAGAAUUCAGAUGAGAGAAAAGUUGUGGAAUCUUUUGAAAGAAUUCCAGUAACUGAUCGAAGAUAUUGGCUUUUGACUGUCGUAGCAGGAAUUUUGAGUCCACAAGAUUUUCCAAUUCUUGAAGAGAAACUAGCGAAGCUUUAUCGAAUUGCAUUUCUACGUCAACAAGCUAAACAUUUGGGAAUUGCAAAUGGAUUUCAUUCAGACACAAAUCAAACUGAUCCCGAUCAUGUUACUAGGAAUAAAAGAUUUGUCAAUAAGUUUAUUGAACCAACAAAUACUUCCUUCAAUGGAUCGCAUGUUACAUUUAAAAGAUUUGAAAUAAAUCGACAUGUUUAUGAACGUCAAGUCAGUAAAAUGAGAAAGCAACGACGAUCUACAAAAUGGCUUACAGAUUCAAACAAUUCAAAACUUCCACUUCAAAUUCUUCUUAAAGAUGUUGCGAAAAAUCAAAAUCGAACAUUUGUCUCAAAUCAAAACUUUAUGCAAAAAGUUUUCGUAAUGAUUCACAAACUAGAGAAAGGGAAUGAGAUUGACACUGAAAAGAACACGCAACAUGAUGAUAAUCUCAAUCAAACAGAGAUUGUGUAUUCGGUAAGCGUGGGUGGAAAGCCCGUGUUGGCUGCAACAGCUGCUGAAGAUAUGAAACUUAUCGAUAUGGAUGAAGUUAUAAAAAUCAUGGAAAAUGAUGUUUUUCUCAAAGCUGAACCUUAUCUUAAAGAUCCGCAAGCGACACCACUCAGCCCAUCAUACAUGAAUUCAUCAAGUACUGUUUCCACUUACAUCAAUCAAAAUCCUAUUUUAAUUGGACUUUUAUCAUUGGCGUUGAUUCUUUUAAUACUUUUAAUCAUAACUUUAUUAUUUUAUGGACAUUCGAAAAGAAAAUUAAUUGCCGAGUCUAAACGACAACAAGCAACACAAGCACUCGUUCAGAAGAUCAACGUUGAUGAUGAAAUUCGAACAUUGUGUUCAGACUCGGUUGAUGUUGUUAGUGGUGUUGAUAACUUUGCAUUUGACAAGGAAUAUGAGGGCGGUGAUAAAAAGAAACCUCCAGUUUUACAUUUCCCAUUGCCACCUGCAAAUCGUCCAUCAUCAAGCAGCAGCACAACUUCAGAUUCUUCAUUUUAUUAUCCCAAAAGAAAAUACAAAUUAAACAACAUUUUAAAUCUUUUCAAUGAAAAUAAUGAAAAUGUUAAUGAUGACCUCGAAACAAUUUACACAAAAGUUCAAAGUGCUUCAAAGUCCUCUAAAAGUCAUUCGAAAUCAAAUCGACGGAAAUAUCGUUCAAGUAAUCGAGUCAGUUCAGUGGAAAAUGUUGACGUUCACACAUAUCAUGGAGAACGAAAUGCUUUCAAUGAUGAAUCGUUUAAAGAUGGUCAAGUUGAAGAUGAAUUAAAAGCACGAAAGGAACAUGAAAGUGGAAAAUAUUCAACAGCAGAAGCGAUCAACAAAGAAUUGAUUCAAAGGAAAGCAAGAGUUGCAUCAGCUGAUAGCAACAGCAUUGGAUCAUUUCUUUCAAUGGUUUCAGUCAGAAGUUUUCCAAAAUGCACAGUUCCUGAGCCUCUUUCACGUGUUCUUGAACCAGUAAGUGUCACUCAUUUAGAUCAUUCGGAUGGUGAUUACGAAAAUUUCAAGAAUUACAGAACGAUGGAGUCGAAUGAUUUUGAUGAGGUUGAAAUUGGACAAGAAGUUCCAAUUCACAGUGAUGGAGCUGAUCCUGGAAUUGUCGGUCCCGUGGUGUGGGAAAUGCAUAAGAAAGGCUUAGAUCAAUCAAUGAAUCUUCUGAACAGUCCACUGCGUAAUCCACAUCAGACACAAAGCAGAUUUGAAGGACUGUUACAAGGUGCAAUGAAACUUUACGGAAGUUCAAGCUAUUCCAAUUGUCAUUCAGCAUUACAUAAAGAAGAGUCUCAACAAAUGCCGGGUGCAAUAAAAACGAGAGACAUGCGAGGGAAGUCAGCAGCAACGAUAAGAUUGACAUCACGAACAUUCGGUCUUUUAUCUCGAUCGGAUCUUCAGGAGACACGUCCAAUGACUGCUGGUCCAACAGUCAGUCAACAAGCACAACAAAUUCCUUCUAUUAAAGCUUGGACAUCUGGAAGUGGAUCGCAACUUGUCCGGCCACUCAGUGCAGGAGUUUAUCAUAAGCCAAAUUUAUCGAUAGCCGUCGAAGAAUUAGAGAAUUCUCAAUUAAAACAGACAACAAGUGCAAGUCCUAUCCUUGAUGCUAUUCAAAAUGAAUUGAAAAGAUUUAGCAACGAGGAAAAAUAA